AUGUCUCAGAAAGUUAUAGUGGAACCUCGCCAUAUUUUUAGUUUGCACCGAGAAGCAAGAAACUGCUUGUUUUUUUCAGAUGAGCAAACCAUCGUUUUCCCAAGCGGAAACAAUUGUGUGCAUUACAACAUCCAUCUACAGCAAGUGACUGAGUUUAUUCGAGGUGCAGUGCCAUACCAAGAGGGCAUACGGUCACUGGCUAUUAGCCCUGACCUACGCUACAUGGCUGUGUCGGAUUGCCGAGAACAAGGUAUCAUCACUGUCCAUGACAUAGAAGAAAAACAGUGCUUCCAGAGAGAGGUGCUGACAGGCGGUAACAUUAGCAUCCAUGAGGUUGUCUGCAUGGCUUUUUCUUCUGACUCCAAGUACCUGCUGUGCCAAUCUGGAGGACCCGAAUGGACCCUCUUCUACUGGGAGUGGAAGACGAAUGAGGUCAUUGCCACAGUGAAGAUCACAAGGACUGGCUUUGUCAGUCAGGUCAGCUUUAAUCCAAAGGACAACACGCAGAUUUGUGUAAGCGGAAAAUAUGUUUUCAGUAGUUUCAAAUUGGAGAACAACUCCCUGAAUAAGACCAGCUCAUUUAGCAUGGACCAAGAAAACAUUGUGUCCCAUGCAUGGAUGGCUGAGGAUUGCAUCAUCUCAGGGACAGAAUCAGGAAAACUGCUGCUGAUGAAGGAUGGACACUGGAAAAAGCUGAGGAGCCCUACUACGAGGCAUAUCACUGCCAUCAUGCCAUACUCUAAAGGCUUUGCCUGUGCAGCCGGUGCAGGGAUAGUUUAUCUUUAUGAGAAAAAUGAGGAGCACGACUACAUGAAGACCAAAGAAAUAAGAAUUCCUCAGGACCCUUGCAGCAAUCAGCCAGAGCAGCUGGAGAUUACAGCAAUGUGCCUGAGUCCAUCAGAGGAGAUGCUGGUCAUAAGCACACGCCAAGGCCAAAUCUACCACAUCAGCCUUGCCUCAAUCGAGAAUAGCCAGAGUAAGCAGGCCAACUUCGAGGUCCUGUCUCAGUUUGUUUACUUGGGGAGCAUCACCGAUCUGUCCACCUGCUCAUCCAAACCCCUCUUCGCCACCUGCUCGUCAGACAACUCUGUGUGCAUCUGGAACUACAUGACCAAUUCUCUGGAACUGUAUAAGCAGUUUCCUGAAGUGCUGAACUGCAUCUCAUUGCACUCAGAUGGUCUUUCCAUACUGAUGGGCUUCUCUGAUAAAGUCUGCCUCAUGAAUCUGUUGGUUGAUGAAUUCUGCAUUGUCAAAGAGUUCAACAUACACAACUGCAAGAUGUGUGAGUUCAACCAUGAUGGCACUGUCUUCGCUGCUGUCAGCAACAACCUGAUAAACAUUUGCAACAUCAGAACAGGUGAAAUAUUGGAACUGGAUGGCAACAUGAGCGAGGUGCUGUCUGUGAAGUGGAGCAAAGAUGACCAUAGUCUAAUGUCAUGUUCAUUGGAUGGUUUUGUAUAUGUGUGGAACACUGUGACUGGUACCUGCGAGUCUCAGAACCUGCAGGAAACACAUAUCUUCACAGAUAUGAUAUUCUCACCCAACACUGGGACCGUCUUUGGUGUAGCCAGCAGUUUCAUAAUAAAUGAGUUCCGAGCUGGACAGAUCCUAUGGGAAAUAGUCUCCGAUGACAUGGCCUACACAUCUAUCUGCAUGACUCAUUCCUGCCAAGCAAUCUUCAUUGGAACUGCUAUUGGUACUGUCAGAGUCCUGCAGUACCCGUUAGAAGAGGAGAAAUCCUUGACAGAGUAUCAGGCGCAUUCUGCUCCCAUCACCAAAAUGGUCGUCACACCUGAUGAUCAGUAUCUGCUGACUGCCUCAGAAGACGGCUCCCUGAUCAUCUGGACGAUCACUGACCAGAAGGGAUGCAAGUUGAGCAUGGUGAAAGAAACAAGUUAUCCUGAGGAGGACCUUUGUACCAAGACGUAUCUGGAGGAGAAGGACCAGAGUAGACUCGAGACUUACACCCAGGUGAACUUGCUGAACGAGGAGCAGAUUGACGAAAAGAUUAACACAUUCAAGCAGGAACAGCAGGAGAAGAUUCACAAACUUAGGCAGAAUUACAUCCAGCAGAUAGAGGAUCUGAGUGACCAAAUCCAGACACUACUUACUGAGAAGGAGGAACAGAAGGCCUCCCCGCAGAAGGUCCUGACUCAGGUGAUGACAAAACAUGCCAAAGAACUGAAGGAUGAAGCCUCUACUGAAUUUUUUUUUUUAUUUUCCUCUACUGAAACGUACUUACAUGAAGAGUUGGAGCAGAGAAUGCAGGCCAUGAAACAGAACCAUGAGGAAAAACCGUGCAAGCAUGAGGACAACCAUUUCUGUACCACGAUGGACAUGAAACGGGCUUAUGAUGACAGGCUACAGGUGCAACAGUACAAGUUGCAGCAUACUGAAGAGAAGCUGAAAGAACUGCAGGAGAUUGUUGAGUCUAGGUACAAAAAUAUCUUAUUCGAAUACAGUCAGAAGCUCCAGGUGGAGAGGGAGGCCAGGAUGAAGCUAGAAAAUGAAACAAAACUCAUGGAGAAGCAGAUGAUGCAGUUCUGGAAAAUAAAAGGAGAGAUACAUGACCAGUGCCUUGGGAUCAGUCAGCUCAAGGCUGAGGUAGAGGAGAUGAACAGCAAGAACAAGGAGACCAUAUAUGACCUGAAUCAGGAGCUGAAAAUGAAGGAAAAAGAACUGUGCACAGUGAGGAAGAAGGUCAAAAAUAUGGAGAUUUUCAUGCAGGGGAUAAAGGCUGACAUCCAAACAUGUGCAAGCUACAUCUUGUAUCCGCACGUUCUGAGGGAAAACUUCAUGAAAUUUAAACUUCAUAACCCUACGAGAUUCGGAGUGAAGGCUUUGGACACCACAUGGACCGAAGAGCUGCCGGAGGUGAAGUCUGAGGAGACACAGACGGUGAUGACUGAACAUGAUGAAAUCUGCCUCAAAUAUGAACAUGAGCUUCAGGUGGAGAAGGAGAUCAGCAAUAUCCUUAAAUGUGAAAUGAAGCUCAUGGAGAAGCAGAUGGUGCAGUUUUGGAAAAUAAAAGGAGAGCUAAAGGACCAGAGCCUUCAGAUCAGCAUGUUGAAGGACGAAGUGCAGAACCUGAACAACCAAUAUAGGAAUGGGAAGAAAGUCAAAGAUCUGAUGGAGAAAAAGGAAUUACAGAGCCUGCAGGACCAAGAUAAGAAAGCAGAGAAAUUUGAGAAUGUGACUGGGAAACAAAACAAGACCAUCCAUGACCAGGAAAUCUUCCUCCAAGAUAUGGUUAAAACAUAUGAGAAGAUCAAAAAACAGAAUGAGGAAAAUUUGAUCAGCAUCCACAAACAAUUGGAUGAACUAAUUGAAGACCGAAAAAUAUGGAGACCAAGAGCUGAGAACAUAACCCAUCAACUGCAGAUUGAAGAGAAACAAGAGAUUAUCAAAAAGCUUGAGGCUAAAUUUAAGGAGUUCAAUGUGAAGAACAAGGAGACCAUAUCUGAACUGAAUCAGCAGCUGCAAACGAAGGAAAAGGAGCUGUGUACAGAGAGGCAGAGGGUCAGAGACAUGACUAAUCUGGUGCAGAGGAUAAAGGCGGACAUCCAUAACUGCUCGCGCUUCAUCAAGUAUCCACACGUGCUGAGAGAUAACUUCAUAAAACUCUCCAAAAGCUACACCCAGGGAACAGAUGAGAGUACCAAGCUGCCUAAAGAGCUUAGACAGAAGAGAGCAAUGAACACCUCAUACAGGAUCGAGAUCAACCCCACUCAGAAAAUUGUCCCAAAUGUCAUCAAAAAAGAACAGGGCAUCCAGGCCAUCACAAAGUACAGGACAACACCACCUGCCUGCAACAAUGAUGCCUCUCUUCCAGAUGCACUGAAUAGCUUCUACAGAUGGUUUGAGACACGGAACAGCAUGGCAAUGAGGAAGACCAUCCCUCCUCCCAACGACCAGGCACUGUGUCUGACCACAGCCGAUUGCUUCAAGACCCCUACCAUCAUCCCUGUGCCAAAGAAGUCUUCAGUGUCCUGCCUCAAUGAAUACUGUCCUGUUGCACUCAUACCCAUCAUUAUGAAGUGCUUCAAGAGGCUUAUCAUAAGGCACAUAAAGACCCUGCUACCUCCCUCACUGGACCCGCUGCAGUUCGCGUGUCACCAUAACCGGUCAACACAUGACGCCAUAGCCACCACCCUUCUUCUGGCCCUUAGCUACCUGGACAAAAAGGACACAUACUUUCAAAUGCUGUUCAUAGACUUCAGUUCAGCAUUCAACACAAUCAUUGCUCAGCAGCUAAUGGGAAAGUUGAGCCUGCUAGUCCUGAACACCUCCCUCUGCAACUGGAUCCUGGACUUCCUGACUGAGAGACCUCAAUCUGGAUUGGAAGCAGAACUUCUAGCACCACCAUACUGA